UGAUCUGUGGUGGCAGGUGCUGAGGGAGCCGUGCGGGUGCGGCCGGUCUGGGCUGCGCGCCUGAGGACAGUCGUUUUCUCCCUGUAGCUGAGGGCUGGGGUGGCAUUUGCUCUGGGCCUUGGGAAUUUUCUCGGUUAGUCGGGCGCUCUUGGCUAUAAAGUAGAAAGUAGGUGGGAAAAAAACGAAUUGUCCGCAAGGCGGGGAUGAGAGGAAUUUGGGGAGACCGUGGCUUUCUCAAAAGUAGCCGGGACUAGAUGUCAUUUCUUCUUAUUCCGGGGUUUGUAUUAUGCCUAGAAAAUAAUGACUUCCUCAGUAAAUGUUUGAGUGCCAAACCAACCGGUAAAAUUCAGAGAGAUUUGUUGGGGGUGGGGGAUGGCGGUUGAAUUUACUUCAGCCGGGAGCAGUUGAAACCCCCUGAGGGUCGGGGGAGGUAUGUUUGUAUAUGGUCCUAGUUGUGCUUUAGGAAAUGUUAAUUCAGCGAUGAUAGAAUGGGGAAGGAAACCACACAGAAAAUGGUUGUAAUGCGCAGGUGGAAUGGUAAUGGGGCCGGGAGGAGGAGGAAGGGCUGGCUGUAUGAGGCAUUUUUAGAGGAGGAAUUGGCUAGUCUCAGAUUACAGAUGGGUCUGGUUUUAAGCCUGAGUGCAUGGCAGUUGCUAGUGAUGCCACCACAUACGCGGAGAUAUACAGAGUGAGUCCAGCUUUGUGGGAGCUCUAAUUUCAGCUUGUGGCGUGUUGAAAUUAUGGUGCAGGAGAAAUCAGAGCUUGAGGCUCCUGCGGUCAUUUCACAAUAUGAGUCUGAAAUGUGAGAGGCAAGACUGAGCCAGUCAGAGAUUUGAGUGUCUCUGGAAUAGCCAUAUAUAGUGAUGCAGUGAUUAGUGAGAUCACAAAAGGAGAGAAAGAGACAAGAACUUGAAGCCUGCCCACUGUUUCAGUUAUCUAUUGUUACAUUAAAAAAGAUUAAUUAAAACCCCCAAGAGUGGCUUAAAAUAACUUCAGCUUAUUAUUUCUUAUGCUUCUGUGGGUUGGUCAUUUCUUGUGAUUCUGUGGCAGUUCUACUGGUGGUCUUGCCUGGAGCCACUCCUAUGGUUCAUUCAUUCAACGAAUCAACUGGGGACUGGACUCCCCUGGGCCUUCCCUGGGGUAGCUGGCUUCAUCCACCUGACCUCUCCCCAUGGCUAGUUUGGGCUCCUCUCAGCAUGGCAGUUUCAUGACCAUGCCAAGAACUACAAGAGCACUUCUGCUCACAGUGUCAUCAAUGCCGUAUUCUGUUGGUCAACGGAAGUCAUAGGUCAGCACAAAUUCAAGGGAAGGGAAAAUAGACUCCACCUCUUGAGAAGGAUGGCAAAGUCUCAUCACAAAAGAUAUAUGGGGAGGAGAGACUUAAGAAACCACUUACCCCGCUGCCCUGAAAGUAGAGUAUUCAGUGGUACACAGAGAUCGAUAACCUUGGAGAAUGCAUUGUCUGCCCAUGAAGCCACACAUCUGUUCCACCAUUGGUAAAAUUAGCUACAGUUAAGGUACUCACGCAUUCUCAUGCUUAACCCUCUCCCCUCAUAUUCCUAACCUGACACCCUCUACCCCUGUGUUCAGCCCCCUCAAGGUUCAAGGUAUAUUUCUGCUUACUGAUGACAUAAGCAAGCCAGCUUAGUUUUGAGCCUGACUUACAGUGGGGACAAAAAUAUAAAUAAAUUAUUUUGAGUUUUGCAGCUCUUAAAAUUUUCAUGUUACUUAUCAAUGCUUAUGCCUCAAAUGUACAUUUGGAAAAAUCUUUGUGAAUAAUGGACCCUGGCUAAGUGGAUCUUUUCCCAACCUUUAAGCUCAACAUGGAAGCUUUCACAGGCGCUCCUCCUGGAAAUGCAGAAGGUCUUGUGAAGGUGAAGGAGGAAGACCCCGCGUGGGAGCAGGUGCCCAGUUCAUGGGGCAGCAGUGCCCACACUCGCGAGCUUUGCCGCCUGCGCUUCCGGCAUUUCUGCUACCAGGAGGUCACUGGGCCCCGUGAAGCUUUAGCUCAACUCCAAGAACUGUGCUGCCAGUGGCUGCGGCCCGACACCCACACCAAGGAGCAGAUCCUGGAGCUGCUGGUGCUGGAGCAGUUCCUGAGCAUCCUGCCUGGGGAGCUGCAGGCCUGGGUGCCCGAGUACCCUCUGGAGAGUGGGCAGGAGGUAGUGAUGGCACUAGAGACUCUAGAGACAGACAUGGGAGACAAAGCACAGCAGGCCUCUGCCUUUGCUCGGGGACAGGAAUAUCUAGGAGCCUGUUUGGAGCAUCAGCGCAUACAGCUCCUGCCUGGAGUGAGCACCCUGAAGUGUGAACCUCCAGAACUCUCCAGAAGGAGCCCUCAAGAAGUGAGUGGGCCUGUUUCCCCGGGAUCAGCCCCUCGCCAGGAAGAAAGUGCCCGAGACAAGGCAGCAGUACCUGGGUUUAACUCAGCCAGGUGCCAGAUAUCAGUAAAGACUGAGGAGGAAAAUGCCUUUGUCCCAGAGGAGCGGCCACACCUGAGCCUGCCUCAGAGGAACCUCUGUGGGAGCUCAGCCUGGGAGAAGCUUGCAGAACCCAGUCUGAUGUCUGAAGAAGUUGUAACUGAAGGUGGAUUGUUCAAUGCAAAGCAAGAAACUUCUGAAGAAAUGGAGCAAGGUGCUGAGGGCUCAGGAACAUUCACCAGAGAAUGUGUACCCCAAGUUCCUGGCAGCACUCCUGUCCCUCCAGAGAGGACACCUGCACAAGUGAACACUCUGAGGGGUCGUCACCAGGGGGACUUGUGGGCCCGGAUGCAUGUCUCAUCCUUGGAAUACGCUGCAGGAGACAUUACCCGAAAAGAGAGGAGAAAAGACAAAGCUCGGGUGAGUGAGCUGCUGCAAGGCCUGGCGUUUUCUGACGACUCAGAGGUGGAGGAAGAGCACUCGCCCGAGAGCCAGCCAGCUCACAAAAAGCGAAAGAUGGCAGCCGCCCUGGAGCAGUGCUGGGUCAAGAGAGACAUCAAGGCCACCCUUCCCGGCUGGUCAGCACUGGACACAGGGCUUUUGAAUCUCAAGAGUGAAAAGCUGAGCCCAGUAGAGCUCUUUGAGUUAUUUUUUGAUGAUGAAACAUUCAACUUGAUUGUCAGUGAAACCAAUAAUUACGCUUUUCAGAAAAAUGUCAACUUGGAAGUCACAGUGCAGGAGAUGAGGUGUGUGUUCGGUGUCUUGCUGUGGAGUGGAGUUGUGCGGCAUCCCCGGAGGGGAAUGUAUUGGGAAGUGGCUGACGCUGAGCAGAACCAGGUGAGAGAUGCAAUUAGAAGGGACAGGUUUGAAUUGAUUUUGUCAUACCUGCAUUUUGCAGAUAACAGCUGCCUAGAUCAAAAAGAUAAGUUUACGAAAUUGAGGCCCCUCAUAAAGCAAAUGAAUAAAAACUUUCUCCUGUAUGCCCCCCUAGAAGAAUACUAUUGUUUGGACAAGACAAUGUGUGAAUGCUUUGAUAGUGGCCAAUUCCUGAAUGGGAAACCGAUUCGAAUUGGCUAUAAAAUUUGGUGUGGCACAACCACACAGGGUUAUCUUGUUUGGUUUGAGCCCUACCAGGAAGAAUCAGCUCUGAUGGCAAACCAGGAUCCUGAGCUCGGUUUGGGUGGCCACCUAGUGAUGAAUUUCGCCGACGUUCUUUUGGAGAGAGGUCAGUAUUCUUAUCACCUGUGUUUUGAUAGCUUCUUCACAAGUGUCAAAUUGGUGUCAAUCUUGAAGAAGAAAGGGGUGAAGGCAACAGGAAUAAUUCAAGAGAACAGGACUGAAAAGUGCCCCCUCAUGGAUGCAGAACAAAUGAAAAACAUGGAGAAGGGCUACUUUGAUUUCCAAGUGGAAGAAAACAAUGAGAUAAUCGUGUGUCGAUGGCACGGCGAUGGCGUUGUCAGCCUGUGCUCCAAUGCUGUGGGCAUAGAGCCUGUCAGUGAGGUCAGUGGCGUCACCGAGGACAUAGAGGCCCCUCCGAUAAGUCGGCCAGCCAUAGCAACACUGUAUGGCGAAUGCAGGGAAGGGGUCGCUAAAAUGGAGCAAACUGUCUCCAAAUACAAGGUGAGAAUAAGGAGCAGGAAGUGGUACUCAGUUCUGGUGAACUACAUGAUCGAUGCCGCUGUGAGCAAUGCGUGGCAGCUGCACCGAGCCUGCAGCCCGGCCACCUCUCUGGACCUCCUGGGCUUCCGGAGGUAUGUGGCGCAUUUCUACCUGGGGCACCAGGCCCACCUGUCCGACUAGGGCCUUAAUGGACACAGUGCUGACCUCAGCAGUCACGACUUCAUGUCAGACCGUACCCUCCUCCCAAGGCAAACCUGAUGGAAGUCAUGAAAUCAGGGAAUUGAGUCACUCAUUUCAAAAGUCAGAUGUUUAUAUGAAGCUUCAAAGACUAUAACAAGUAAUAGUAAAAGUUAUUUGUAAAAAUUUUGAACUCCAGGGGACCUCUUUUAAUGUCUAAUUUUGGUGUCAGAUGUGGGAGUUCAUUUGUUGAAUUGAUGAUACUGUAUUUUUUGUAAAGAUUUAUUUAUUUAUGCAUAUAAGAACUGGGGUGUAGACCAGAGGUGGGGGAGGGUGAGAGGAUUCUCCAGGGAGAGUGGGGGGUGGAACAGGCAGAUCUACUGAAAUACACUGCUGAGGGGAACAGCAGGGAGACAGGAGAGGUCUGCUGAGCCAUGUGGGUCAGGUCUCUGGCCAGAGAUCAAACUUGUGCUGCAGUGAUAGCUUGACAGCACUAUCUUUAACCCUUGCACCACUAGGAAGGCCCGAUACUGUGCAUUUAAAGUAUCAUACAAACUGACAAUGUGCAUUUAAAGAGUGGCAUCCCGCCUCUGGGGGGUAGUUUUCUCUGGACAGUGCCAUUUUUAAGAUACAGGCAGUGUUAUAGUGACACAGGUGGUGCUGAAUCCAGUGUCAGCAGCUGCAACACAGCCUGUGAGGUGAGGGUGUCCUAUGCCAAGCGAAGAGAUCCCUGGUCACACCUCUAAUGGCAGAGCUCCCAGAGAUGGUUCAGGGUCACUCAAGCCAAAGGGGUUCCCUAUAGCUGAGGCACCUGAAUUGCUGUCUCUAGAGUCCCUUGUUAAAGGGUUCUUUCCUGGCAGCCUGGAUUCCUGUUUCAGUGUAAAGCUGCUUUU